AUGGUUUAUCUUCGCAUAAACGAGCCACAAGAGCGUGAUGCAGAGCUGAUGAGGGAUUCAUUGUUUGGAGGGAAUAAGGUGAACCUCAAUGUUGUGAUUGAGUCACUGUGCACUCGAUCUUCUAGCCAACUUUCUUCAAUCAAGCAAGCCUACUGCAACCGUUAUGGUUCCAACAUAGAGCAAGAUGUUUCCCAGAAAAUUUCUGGCAACUUUAAAGAGAUUCUUCUGGCAGUACUAAAAUCAAGCAACAAAAGUGCAAGCAGAGUUGAUAUCAGCAUGGCCAUGUGUGAUGCCAAGACACUUUACGAAGCUGUGGAGAGUGGAAGUUCGGUUGACUGGAAGACCAUCAUGUCCACUUUCAGCAGUAGAAAUACAGAACAAAUCAAAGCCAUAUUACUCUCUUACAAAGAACUCUACGGCCAUGAAUUUUCCAAAUUUCUCAAGUCCAAUAAGUGUGGAAAUUUUGGCAAAGACCUCAGGUUUGUGGUCAGGGGAAUUCAAUCUCCUGCAAAGUUUUUCUCCAGGCAAAUAAGAGGAGCAAUGCAGAGGGGUGAUACUAAAGAGGUCAUGGCUAGAAUAGUAGUCACGAGAUUGGAUGAUGAUAUCAAAGAAAUAAACAAUGUUUUUGCUGCUAAAACUGGAUGGUCUCUGGGAAAUCUCGUUAAAAGGGAGUUCAAGGAUUCUGGAAGUCAAAGAAAUAGUAAUGUAUUGAUGGCAGAAUUUCUUCUAGCCUUGCUAAAGUAUAGUUGA